UUGAGCGGAACGGGUGUCCCACUUGUCGUUCGGAAGCUUUUGUGUGUUCUUGUGGAUUAUCUUCGGGGUAAAAGAUUUUCAAAACUAGGCAAACCAUAGAGAAAGAAGAAGAAGUAGGUGAAAGUCGUGUUUCUGCUGUGGAUUGGCAAAAAGGAGAUCAAUGGUAUGAGUUUCGUUUCAUGCAAUGGGGGAGAGGCCUCUGUCAGGAAAAACUAGGUCCCCCUGGGAAGACCUAGUGCUGCUGCUGCUUUUGCUACUACUGGGGCAAUGAUGUAGUGAACGUGCAUAACAUGAAAAAUAUUCUUGUGUUUACUUUCACCUGUGAAACAGACGAGAUAAAGCGUAACAGUGGAUUGAAAGGUUAAUCCUUUUUAAUAUUAAUGCGAUCAGAAUUCAACGUGUUCUGAAAGAUAGUCGAACAAGAUUGUGUACGAAAAUUGCGUUUGAGUAAAGCAACAUAAUCUCUGGAAAGCGAAAAGGUAACCACUUUCAAUGUGAGUGUGGAUUUGGCAUACCUACCCAGAAGAACAGGUACCUAACUGUGUGGUACAGUCGAAGGGGGGUCGGCAUACGUCUUAGUAGCAACUCUGGGUCGGUUUUGGAUAUUUCACCAGUUUUUCCUGUUCGCAUCAGACGCACGAACACAGCUGUAGAGGAGCUCUCGCUCCCUGAGAUUCAACCGUUACUACGUCAGAGUAGGCAGCGAGAGCCACAAUUUGGUGGAGAGCAACAGCACGCCAAGUAGUGACGUUUUGUGCUAAUGUUAUGUAUUUCAUGUAUAGAACGUCACAUCUAGAACUGUGCUGAGUUGAAACGUGAAGUGAAUUUUUCACGAUUUUCCAACCCCAUCAGCCGUCGGCGUAUGGCUAGUGAGUGAGCAAGUGAGUGUGCGUAUUUGGAAUUUCACACAAAGGGGGAAGUAGAACAAACGGAACAAAGAGUGUUGAUUAACCGGGAGGCGAUUGAGCAGUGGAGCGACGCAAACGUUGGUGGGUGAACAAUUUUCGCAAAAGGGAAAAUGGUGCCAAGGUCACCGUGACUUUGCGCUUCUGAGAGGAAAUGAAAGUAGACUUGCACCAAAACAUUAACAACACCUCGUCGCCACAUUUCUGGAUUGGUGCACUCUGGUGUACAUUUGGUGUCAUCAUAUUCGGAGCAGUGGCUGUAAUUUCAUGUUGGAUAAAACGAUGCAGGCACAAUGUGCGUUACCAGUACACCGCCCUGGACAGUGGCAUCGGAGCCCCGGACCGAAAUCCCCGGGAACGAGCUGCACGGGAUCGUGCGUUCACUGCGUGUCAAGACUGGUUGCAAAACACGGGAGGACGAUACGAAUCGAUAGCGCACUUAGAUGACAUCGGUUCUCGACCAAACAAGCACUGGUUCCUCCUGAAUGACUGCACGGUACGCACGGAUCGUCUGAUGACUCUGCUCCCAUUACCUCCUGACUGUAUUGCCUUAGAUGAGUUACCUCCGUCCGAAUGUCCACAAGGCGUUCUAAUGGAGUUGCUUGGUUCGCUUCAGCAUCCAUACAUCAAUCCGGUUUUAGAUUUAGGCUUCUUUCCUACCGACACUAAUCAGUACGUGUGUCUCGUUAUGCCUUUCAAUCAACGCGGAAGCCUGAAGGAUCUCAUUUAUAAGUCCCAAUGGAAUGAACCAUGGAACCGUAAAUAUACACGAAAAUCCACCUGCCUGCCCCUGUCACAGGUACAACGAUUGGGACGUCAAAUUUUAGAAGCAUUAUUAUUUUUAAAGGAGCGCGGAAUUCCAUCGCACGGCCAUCUGCAUAGCGGAAAUGUAAUACUUCAGAAUGGGGUGGCCAGAUUAUCCGGGCUGGAAAACGGUUUACUUGGGCUGAAUUCCCGGGUCAACGCAGUAGUAUGGGCUCACACCUCACCGGACAUCGACAACAUCGACGUUAUCUGCUUCGGUCACCUGCUCUUUGAGAUGUGCGCCGGCUAUGAACUGUCCUCACCCCAGCCGACUCCAGGCCACUACCAGCUUGAUCUCGAGCGCUAUCCACAGGUCGUGGACGUGCUGCAGAUGAUAUUCGAAUCACCAGAUGGUCGCUAUCCGACGGUCGAAGAGCUGGUCCUUUGUGAUAUAUUCCGCAAUAUCGAUUUAAGAGAACUGCGAGGAACAUGUGUGCCUUCCUUUAAGCAUGGUUUGAGUAGCUCCACGUUGAGUCUGCUGAACGCCGUACGAAGACGACAGGGUACGAUACUAAAUGGUUCAUACAGUGAAGGCAGCUCACCAUGUACACCACCGUCGACACCACGUGACCGGAAAACUGGUGACGUAGAAUCCUCCGAUCUGUCUAGUAGUGAUUCCGAAGAUCUGUUAGAUGAAAUAGUUAUAGCGUCAGCCCGUAUCGACGAUCCUGCCCAUUACGACCCACUCUGCUCGCCGAUACAUUACUGUGACAAUAACGUUCACUCGGACGAUAACAGCAAUAGUAACACAAUCAUUCGUAUAGAUUCGAUCGAGUCCCAGGGCUCGACGUCGUCGUCCACUGGCUCGAUACAGCUGCAGCAGUUGAAUCCUUCGUCAGCGUACAAGAACCUAAAAUCACGCCGCAUGGAGUACAGCCGGCGUGGAAUGAUACUCGGCCUCAGCAAUCCAUCGCAAGACUCCGCCUUUGGCUCAAUGACCGACGGCGAGUCGUCCCGAGCGUCCAGCUUUAAGCUCAGUAGUUUCGCUUCGAUGAACUCACCGAUCGACGAAGGAGUUGAAGACUUGCUAGCUGAAGGUGGCUCAGAAACGAUCGCAACCACUAUGGCCGGUCUGAAAUACAUCGACUCAGCUGGCUCCUCACCGUGUCACGAUCAACAUGCCAGUCUGUCACCCCGGGACACUCAUCCUGGACCAUCACGCGAUAUUUCACCGAAUCAUACUACUCGCUUCCUGGAACCUCCCAAAUUAGUUAUAAACAAUCAUUCCUUCUCGGCAACCAGUAGCUCCCUGUGCUACACUUCAUCGCCACUCCGUAAAUGUGCCACAACCGAGGUAUUCUCGCAGAAAUAUAGAGUAUCUUCAUUUGAAGACAUGUCCUACUCGUCCCGUAUGGCAAACAAAUCGAUUAAAAAUAGCAGUCGCAAGAUAUUUCGUUCUUUCGAAGAGGAACGACGAAUUGAUUCUGCUUUCAUGCCAAUCGAUAACAGUUCCUCCGGCAUCAACAACAACCGUAUGAGUCAACAACGACAACAAAUGAAACCACGCCAACAAUCAGCCAGUCAACUGCAACAUCAAUUAUCGCUACCACCAACGUUGGUGCCAUCUUCGUUCCCCAAACAACCCGUAAGCUCCGCUCAGUACAAUCAGCUGACGAAGAAAAAGAAGAACGCUUCGUUCCAGAAUCUUCAAAGCAUUUCCGCUACUAGAGACAAAACCAGCCAAUGGCGAAACAAGUUGGUCAAAUCGAACGAAUAUCUAUUCGAAACAUCAUUCAACAUGACUUCUUCGUCAUCGACCCAGAGUGAGAUAGACCGGUUGUUAAGUCACGGAAGCUCAACCCAUGAUCUUCCCACGUCAGCAGACCGAACGGAAACGGAACGGUUCAUACUGACCCCGGAACCAGUAGUGAUGAAUCCUCGUCGAACCCGAACCGAUCGACAAGCGCUCUUCAGCUUGGCUAAAUUCAAACACAGCACGAUCCUGGAUAGUAUUUCACUGGAAGAUUUCUCUGAGGAGGAUAGGAAGCACUGUACUACUGGCAGCAGUAUAUCGAACAGUUCCACAAAAAGCUACUCAUCGGAAGAUCGGACUGAAAUCGAAGCACGGAAACUGGAGAAUUCUUCUGCUGAUGACACCAGUGAUCAGGAAAGUAGUAGUAUUACAGAUUCCUUGCUGCGGUCUCCAAUGAUGCAACAACGAAGUCAAAGCUGCAGUAGUGCGACCGAAGUUCGCAAGUAUCUCGACGACACUGCUGGAAGUGACGGCGGCUUCGGCAGUGGGAACGAAGAAAAGACGCCUCUUCUCGAAGGCAUGGAACUGUCACCCAUCUCACCUACUGAGUCGGAACAAAUGUUGUGAUAAUAUAAUAGUUGUGUAAACUAUUUUUCUACAGAUUUUAGCUCGGUUCAGUAUGAAGUACUAGUUUAGGGAAAAUAUAAAGAAAAAUACAACUAAUUAAUUUUAGCGAACGAAAUGUUAAAAAAAAAUGUUACCUUUACGAAUGUACCCAGAAAUCAAGAGAAUACAAGUCAAAAAAAUACAGGUUUUUUUAGGAAAAUAUAGCAAAUAUUCUCCAAACACUAUCCUAAUAUUUCUCACCCAACCGUACUGUUCAUGGACAAAAUGGUAGCUCAAUUUUACAGUCUCUUCCAUACUAUCUAAAUCGUUUUGAACAAUCUCUUGAAUAGCGGAAUUAUCUUCGAAUAUAUCAAGUACAAGUCUAACGGAACUUUCCUGCCAAGAAGGUGAAGGAAUAGAACACUUAAUGACGGCGUGAGCGGAAUAGAAGUUAUUUUGAAGUGGGUUCUUCGGUAUUUUGGCGGUAACAUAAUGUAACUCAUCCAACACGAAUGUCAAUCAACUACUGUAAUCAGUAUUCAAACAAUAAAAUAAAUGAUAAAAGAAAGAGAACGAUCUAUAUAGCGUAAGUCUGCAGCUGUAAAUGAAAAUCUAUAUAGUUGUUAAAGGUAUUGAACAAAUGUCCAGUGACUGUAUCUAUACUUAGGCAUAGCUCAUAAUUGCAGACCUGAGGAUGAACAAAUGUGAAUUACUUCUGUUAGACAGAGAGGAUGAUUAUUACUCGCCUAUGUCGAUUGUUAUAGUUUUCUAAGUCUAUCGCUUAACAUAAAAUAAAAAUGUCUGACAGGAGAACUGUAGUUUUAACAUAAAAUUAAAAAUAUUACAAACAGACAACAGAUAUGCCAAAAUAAUUUGAUUUCACAACGAAACAAAAUGCACUUUUCAACUUCAUAGCAACCAGAUUGCGCAUCUUGUUUGAAUAAGUCCUUUCCGACCAAAAAACGAAUCAAUAUUUCGAACCUUUGCGCAAAGUGGUUUACUUCUUUCAAUGUAAAAAGAACUAAGUUCAUUUUUCUUCGUAGCACACCAAUCUGUUAUCGUUAAAUAAAAGAUAGCUGGAAUAGAAGAGAUUAUAAACAUAACCUAAAGCCGUCCCAAAUGAGAUCAAUUACUCAAUCGCUCAGUGUGCCCUUAUUGUGUAUCCUUUGAUUCGUUUCGAAAUUCAUUGUUGUGUAUUGUAUGAUAUAUGCUGGCAAGUACUAUCAAACCAAUGCGACCAUAAGUUGUUUAGGGAUCAUUUGCAAAAAUAGCUUUUUCUACUAACUUAAAAGCCUUCAACGGUCAGCUAGCCACUAGUCGGCACCAAUAAUUUUCUCCAGAACAUUUUAUAAAUAAGAAAGACGACAUAAGCGAACCAAACGAACAACUUGAUGCCACAGGAUGGGUUUUAAACAUUUUACCACACUCAACCAAUACCGGAUUGCAUUCUAUCUCAAUUAGACGAUUAGAAUCGGAAAUACAUGCAAUGUCUAUACGAACAGUCAUUCCCGGGUCCAAACUCCAAAUAACACUAAACAAAGAUAAAUAUGCGCCCAAAUUGUUCGUUUUAGCAAACAGUCAAUGAUCCCCAAAAUAAAGCACAUUUCUCAAAAUAGGGUGCAGAUCCAAGUACUGCAAAGUAAAAACCAACUAAAAGAUACAAUAGUUCAUAGAAAUUUAUGUAAUGCGAGCUUGACAUUUAACGAAAUAACGUAAGAAAUGACGUCAGAUUCUACUAAGAACAAACGCGCUAUUCCAUACUUCAAAUGUUCCCCGAAGAAAAACAAACAAUAACUCUCAACACUGCUAGUGUAAAAUUUUAGAUACGCUAUUCAAAAUACAAAACUACACGUUCUACAUAGGCAAAUUUUCUUUCCGAAAAUAGGAUCGAUCGAAAAAUCUACAACAAAUGCAAAACUCACCCCCAAUAGUCUAAAAAACAAACCCGAGACGAUUGUAAAUCAUAUCAGCAAAAAACAACAACAUAGCAAUAAUAAAGCGAACAUCUUUGAAACCCGA